CGGGAUAGUCGGAUUGCGCCCGCUUGAAGAUGGUACUGGUACAACGCGAGAUCGAAUUGCCUUUUUGCAUUACCACUUCACUUCUUCUGUUUUUACCACCAUGGCCUCAGGGCAUGACACACUCGCGGAAUCGAACUGCAUCUCCGCAAAGUCGCUCCAUUCCUUUGAAGUCCAUUUCACCAAACGUCGCCGUCACAUCCGGAACCAUUUCCGCCAAGUCAAACCGCCGGGUGACUGAAGGUUUCGUCCCUCUACUCAGACUCGCAGCUACUCUUCCUGGUACUCGGUUCCACCUUGCCUGUGAGGACCCCGGGUUGUUUCUCUCUCAACCAGGUUACGACCACAGGUCCCGGCUGAAUGUUCCUCGCUAGAUUCGUUUGGCAGUAUCACGUGGAUGACCAAUAUAUCAAACAUCUGAAACGUCAGCUGUCAUCCACGCCGCGAUAUCGAGUCUUUGUGAUGGCGAUAUUAUAGACGAAAACAUACAUUAUAGAAAG